AUGCUGGCUUACUUACUACCACUAUCAAGCACUAUCAAGCACAAUGAACUUCCUCUCGGGAUCAGUCUCAGCUGGCAUUAUCGCUCCCCUUUGCACCGCACCGGGAUACCUGCCUACAGCAUGUCCGUCGAAUCUUGCACCAGUUACCCAGCUAACGCUCGGUACUCAGGAACCUCUGCCCCGGAAAAUACGAUGCACGGGUCGCCGAGCCCUACAGAAACAGCACAAAUCUGGGGACCACAUACGGCGAAGGUAGUCGCAAAGUUCUCAACACAUGGUCCCGCUACGAAACCAAAUGAUACCCAGAAACAGAAGUCCCAAGAUGGGGACGAACAAGGCAAAGAAGCGUUAGGCGCUACUAAAGCCCCAGGACAAGCGUGUGGUGUUCGUGGUGUUCGACGCGCGGCUCACUAUAGCCAAACAUGGCCUCAAUAUGGAAUAUGCCAUGCCAACUUCGGAAGCACUGUGAGGUGA